UCACCUGACUAAAACAAAUUCAUGUUGCAUUCUCCUAUGUGCUACCCGUAAAUACUUGGGCAGGUUGCCGACAUUUAUUUAAAAAAAACGUUCAAAGAAGUCUUUUUGACUGCCAGAUGCGAUGCAUAUUAUAACCCCUGGAGAAGAUUUGUGGCUAACGCAGCUAAAUUAAUGCUCUUCUGUUGUCUCUUCUGGAUUGUGACUAUUUGCAGAAUACAGGGAUAAAAAUGCCUCAGUCAGCCGGCAUCAUCAGUGGGAUCCAGAGGAUGAUUCUGUAUGAAACCAGAGCCAGGUAUUUUUUAGUGGGGACCAAUCAGGCACAGACCAAACACCGAGUCCUAAAGAUUGACCGCACAGAACCCAAAGACCUGGUCAUAAGUGACGAUAAGCAUGUGUACAACCAGCAAGAGGUUCGGGAGUUGCUGGGCCGCCUGGACUUGGGCAACCGCACCAAAAUUGGCCAAAAGGGUUCCUCGGGUCUGUCCAGGGCUGUCUCAGCCUUUGGCAUUGUGGGGUUUGUACGUUUCCUCGAGGGGUACUACAUUGUGUUGAUCACCAAGCGUAGAAAGAUGGCUGACAUCGGUGGCCACUCCAUCUACAAAAUUGAAGACACCAGCAUGAUCUACAUCCCCAAUGACUCGGUCAGAGUUACACACCCUGAUGAAGCAAGAUAUGUGCGAAUCUUUCAGAACGUGGACCUAUCCAGCAACUUCUACUUUAGCUACAGCUAUGACCUGAGCCAUUCGCUGCAGUACAACCUGACUUUGCUGCAGAGGCCUUAUGAACUGUGGUCAUCACCAGAUUCCUCAGCUGAGGAAGAGGUACACACACAGAGCAAACAGGACAGCUUCGACAUCUUUGAAGAUGAGGGUUUGCCUAUGCAAGUGGUUUACGGCCUCCAGAACGAGCCGUACUACAAGUACGUGUGGAAUGGGAAGCUGCUAGACCGAGUCAAGGACAUAGUGCAUCAUGACUGGCUCAUGUAUAUAAUCCACGGCUUUUGUGGCCAGUCCAAGCUUCUGAUCUACGGCCGACCGGUUCACAUCACCCUCAUUGCCAGGCGCUCCAGCAAAUUUGCCGGGACCCGCUUCCUCAAAAGAGGAGCCAACUGCGAGGGGGAUGUGGCUAAUGAGGUUGAGACCGAGCAGAUCGUCCAUGACGCCUCAGUUAUGUCUUUCACAGCAGGAAGUUACUCUUCAUACGUCCAGGUGCGAGGUUCAGUCCCGCUCUACUGGUCCCAGGACAUUUCCACCAUGAUGCCAAAACCCCCGAUACGAUUGGACCAAGCUGACCCAUACGCCCAUGUAGCUGCUCUCCAUUUUGACCAGAUGCUACAGCGGUUUGGCUCUCCUAUCAUCAUCCUCAACCUGGUCAAGAAACGAGAAAAAAGGAAACAUGAGAAGAUUCUGAGUGAAGAGCUCUACCCAGCUGUGAUCAACCUGAAUCAGUUCCUCCCUCCAGACAACUGCAUUGACUACAUCGCCUGGGACAUGGCCCGCUACACUAAGAGUAAGUUGUGCAACGUUCUGGACCGUCUGAGUAUGAUAGCAGAGAACGUGGUUAAGCGAACAGGUUUCUUCAUUAAUCGCUCCGACUUCUACUGUCAUACCAUCAGACCAGAUGACAGGUGGGGAGAUUUAGGUGGACACAUCACAGCCAGUGGACGGGUGCAGACUGGUGUGUUGCGGACCAACUGUGUGGACUGUCUGGAUCGGACCAACACCGCCCAGUUCAUGGUGGGGAAGUGUGCGCUUGCCUAUCAGCUUUAUGCACUGGGCAUGAUUGACAAGCCCAAACUCCAGUUUGAUACUGACUGUGUGAGGUUGUUUGAGGAGCUGUAUGAGGACCAUGGAGACACUUUGUCGCUGCAGUACGGCGGGUCCCAGCUGGUCCACAGGGUCAAAACCUAUCGCAAGAUCGCUCCCUGGACACAACACUCCAAAGACAUCAUGCAGACACUGUCGCGCUACUACAGCAAUGCUUUCUCAGAUGCUGAUAGACAGGAUGCCAUCAACCUGUUUCUCCAAGUCUACCAACCAUCAGAGUCCAAGCCGCACCUGUGGGAGCUGCCCACUGACUUCUACCUGCACCAGAGGAACUCCAUGGCCCUCCCCCAAAACCGACGCAGCUACACACUGUGGUGGUCAGAAGGAAUCUUGUCCUACCUGCCUGUGGCCUAUGAUGAAGUCUCCUGUGAGGACACCAUGAAGAAGGUCAAAGUGAAGAGAGUGAAUCGCUUUGAUGAGAGUAUUGACAUCUACACAGAAUUCUUCAAACCUUAUGAACUUACCUCCUUUGAUGACACAUUUUGUAUCGCCAUGACCAACUCUGCAAGAGAAUUCAUGCCCAAGACAGUAGGAGGGGAUCCAAGCCCAUUCACAGUUCGCAAGCCAGAGGAAACGGGAAAAUCAGUGCUAGGCAACAAGAGCAGUAAGGAAGAGACGCUGCUACAGAGGAAGACUGCCGCCAGCGCACCUCCUCCCCCGAGCGAGGAGGCCAUCACCAGCACGUCAGAGGACGACUCGGAGGAGGACCGCGACGACGACGGAUCCGUGUCCCAGCGCUCCACCCCGAUCAAACUGCUGACAGAGUCUGGCGAGAGCACUCGCACACAGGAGGAGAUCCAGCAGCAGUCAGUUAAGGAGCCCUAUGGACUGAAUCUGGCUGAGUUUCCUGCUGAGAAAGAUCUACUCAUAUAUAAAAGGUUUGCACAUCUGGGCAUGAACCAGCACAGGGUGGAAAGAACUGAACACAUAAACCUGGCAAACAUCAUCUGCUUAGAGCCAGUGUCCCGCUUCCCGGAGGACAGCAUCUAUGCCGUUUCUCUUCCACAGGUCGACAGAGACAGCCAUGAUGAGUUUGAGAGCCAUGUGAUGACCGGUCAGGGCCAGGUGAGGGAACUGUGCAGGGAGGACAUGUUGAUGUACAGGGAGUACGUCAGGAACAGAUACAUGUAAGACACGGACAAACAGGAACUGGAUCUAUGUUACCAAUAUGCAAAUACAUAUGAUCAGAUCCAAUUCAGGACAAACUCCCAUCUUCAAGACUUGACAUGACUUUAAGAUUUUUGUUUGUAGCUACAGGACAGAGCAAGAGAUGUUUUCUUGCAUUUCUAAAUCCAUUUAGCUUCAUCUACCCACCUCUUGGAUUGUUUUAUUUUUUCCUGCUGGGAGUAGACUGUCCAUAAUGAAGAUAAUGGUGCAUGAACAAACCAUAUGUCCUGUAUUUGGACUGAACUUCAUUGGUGUUUUCUUUUUAAUCAAAGUCAUUUGUGGGUUUUAAUAGCUUCAAAUAUUAUCCAGUUAUGUCAGUUUUUUAUUAAUUCAGUGCCUUAACAGGCUACCUAUAUGGUGCUUUUUAUUUGUUCUUUGUUUAUUUUCCAUUGAUUCAAUUUUAAUUGCAACUCUUUUAAGAAAGUUUACUUAACUAUAUGUACAUUCCAAACAUGUAAAAUUAUGUAAAUUGUUUUGACUCUUAAUUAUUUUGAAUCUUUAAUGUUGGUACCAUUAAUAUGAUAACCGAUUACUAAAGAUGACAAUGACAGAUUCUUUAAGUUCCACCUCAGAUGUGCUUUAAGUUUUGAUUUUCUUUUUUAUUCCUUCUGUUAAACUAGUUUCAUUUGAGCCUUUAAAAUCUGUUUAAAAAAGCCAUGACAGAGAUAUACGUUGUUGUUUUUUAUUUCAUUGCUCAAAAACUAUUUCAAACAAUGGUCUUACAUAAUGUAAGGCAUAUAUGUACUGUAAAUGUAUAUCCAGGUAGUUUGACCUUUUUUUCUUUUCUUUUAAGGUCAGUCGCUUUUUGUCAUCAUAUUUUGAACAUUGCAUUAUGCCAUUAGAUUAAACCUGAAUUUUGUGUCUGCAGACAUCCCCGAUACCUUGACCUUGUGGGUUUUAUCAAUUCUUAGUUUACAAAACUGCACUCUAAUUUUGUUUUAUUUAAAUGCAUUUCUUUUUUGUCAGCUUGUUGUGUACAGUAGUUCUAAAUUAAACAUUUAUUUUUUAUCAUGAAAUGACAGAUUUGAUUGCUGUUGCCUGGAAGCAGUUUUCUACACUGUAAUUUAUUUCUUCUUUGCUCCUCUCUUCUGUGCUCUGUUGUUCUCCACUGUUUUGAAUAUUCUCCACUGUUUUGAAUAUUGUUUCUUUCAUGCGGCCUCUGUCUGUAAUCUCUCCCACUCUACUCUGCUGUCUUUCUCCCAUUAUGCACCCUAUUCACUGUUGUUCUGUCUAUCACACUUUCUCUUUUCUCUCGCCUCUCACUCAUGUUUGUAGUACUCAGCUUUCAACCACAGGUGUCAGAAAAUGUGAAAUGUGAUGAAGACUGCCUUUUUCCUGUAAUGUACAUACACGUUCAGUCAGUGUACUGAUUGACCACUGGUCUCUGCAUCUGUGCCUCGUGAGCUUGAGGAUGGGGAGGGGGCAGAGGAGUGGUGCUUCAGCAUGUGAUGUGUUGGAGAACAGCAGGGGAAUUAAAGAAAAAUAACUGCUCCACUGUAAGUAAAACCAAAUUAACUCAAGAGAGGAUGGAGAGGAAGGAAUGUGUUUCGUCCGUCUUCCAUAUUUUAAAAUCCUGUUUAGUGCCAAUUGUUAAGUGCUUGGAGAUGUUAAGAGUACACUACAGAUAUCCAGAAUACAAUCCAGUAAUAACACAUCUCACCUAAAGUGAAGAGAGCCUCUCACAUCUCAAUGUGCUCCAGUCCCCAUUUUUUUCCCUUGGAAGCCUCUCAGCUGACGACAUUUCUACAUUGUUGGUUGUUAGCUUGAAUAAGCCCACUAGAGCGGAAUAUGGAUCAAGUCAAGCUGCUUUGCUUUUGAUCUUACCCAGCAUGCUUUCAUCGGUUUCUUUUGAUUCCUGAUAAUGUCUCAUUUUUGUUUGCUAAAAAAAAUUAAGUAGUGUAAAUAGUGGUAAAUAAUGUAAGUAAGUAUUCUAGCAUACCAUUGUGGACAAAAACCUUAUAUCUCCAGCUGUCAUGCUGUGACUUCAGUUUCACGUGCUCCACAGUGAGUUGAGAAGCUUCUACAUUGUUUUCUAACAAUAAAUUAAACUCAUCAGCAAUCUAUAGGUCUCAUUCAAGGCUAGUUUUCUCGAGUCACAAGAUUUUCACAUCACAAGAGCAAUAAACUAGUCUCUGACGUAUGGUCCAUGGUAUGGUCUGAGUACCCUCAGGGGAACAGAUCAGUAGUUUAAAGUUUGCAGUUUUUCUAGUUCCUGAAAGUUAACACAAUGCAUGCAGCGUAUAUAAGGAUGACAGUGUUUUCAUUUAUCUCCACCAUAUUGGUGUCCCAUCACCCUCACAUUAUACAGGUUUAUAACUCGCCACCAAAGCAUGUCUAAUAAUACAAUUCUGCUCAGAUAUGGUUCCAAAGGGGAGAAAAAAAAAACUUUAUUUACAAAAAUAGUCUAAUGCCAUUUUUUGGUUGUUUUUUUUUUUUUUUUUGCCAAUGAAACUGGCUGCAUUGGGGUCAUUUUUUUAACAAAUAAGGUUCACAAAGCUGUUGCUGUGAUUUUAGAAAUAGAGUCCACAUUCCCCCAGCGCAAUCCCAAACGCAUUAGAAAUGUUUGACUGGACAUCAAAAACCUUUUUUUCUUUACCUUAUCUUUAUUAAUUUAACUUUCUUAAUCUUUUUAUUGUUACGAAGGAUUUUCCCUAAUAACAAUAAAAAAAAUGUUAAUGUUUCUUAAUCUUUGGGUCCUGACCCGUUAUGGGUGGGUUCUGACAUAAUAUCCUAACACGUAUAUAUCUGUAAUUAUUUCAGUUAGUAAUAUUUGUUCAAAAAUGUAAACAAUGGUUUGUUACAUUUUGUGAUAUCAGAUGAUUUACUUUGAUACUGGUAUGCGUAUUUUCAUGAAUGUGUCUGCCUCUAUUGAUUGUAGUCCAAUAUAGAUAUUAUGGUUAUAACGGAUUCAUGAGCUGUCAUGAGUAAAAUUUUGGGCCCCAAGAUAAACAUUUUUAGAACCCCUGUUUUAACUGUUAUAGUUAUAAUUAUAUUUUCUGUAAAUUUUUUCUCCCUACAUGAAGGUCUAAAUGCUGUUUGAAGAAGUAUCCACUCUGCCUGGAUUAUAAAAAUUACUAAAUACCUUUAUUUUAUUUUGAUUUAACUUCUUUUUUCCCCUAAAACUGUCACAUUUAAAGGUACUGACUCUAGAAUCGGCCUUAAAAACUCAAUCUGUGUAACAUGCAACUAUAAUUGUUCAACAUAAACCCCUCCAACAGGUUGUUAAAAUCUCCAAAUUCCCCCAAACUGUACAGUAAUGCAGUGUUCUUAAUGGUAGCUGCUUGGAGACAUAAACCAAAAACAAAAUCACUUUAAUACAAUUGUAGCUAUGAUUUUUAAGCUCUAUACCCUGUGUAAUAUCCAUAGUGGCUAAGAAUCAAUAAAUCAGCAAGUUUUUAGCAGAUGUAAUUAUCAUAAAAUCGAGGUCAUGGUGGCAUCUGCAGUGAGGCAGGUACAGUACAGUGGGCCAGACACAUUUAUCAGAUAAUGGGAAUUCUUUUUGUGACUCCUUUUGUGAGCAAUCCACUUAUUUUGUUUUCCUGGCGCAAUAGUGUGUGUAAAGUGUGUAAGUGUCCCUAGGUGAAGACAGUUGUAAGAAGUAUAUGUUUGGGGGUAAAUUGAGGUGUUACGUCUUUACAGUAAAUGUGUCCCUGCGAUGUGUCCGUUCAGCUGUCACAGACACAUUUCCUCUCCAUUUUCUACCAACGCCUUCCCUCCUACCUCCACUUGUCUCCUACCACCCAAUGUUUUAUUAUUUUUCUACUUAACCUCCUCUAAAAUCUUAAAAUAUCUCCUAUAAUUAACUAUCUUCCAUAAUUAGAAUUUUCUUUGUCUCUGGUGCUUCUUGCCUUUUCUCUGUCUAAUUAGAGACAUGCUCAGUUUGUCCUGAGUAAAUAUCUCCAUAAGGGUAUUAAGGUAAAGGGUAUGUUUGGGUUGUAUUCUCAUUUUCAAGAGCAUGUGUGCACUCUUGAAAAUUAGUGCACUGCUGUCUGUGUUUGCAGGCAGGGGGGCUGUAGGCAGUAGGGUUUGUCUCCUUAAAGGGGCUGUUUUGAAGGGAAAAGAGGUCUUUUAUAUAAGGCCCUGUUUUUCUCAUGUUUUUAUGUUCCUAAUGGCAGGUGUCUCAUUACACUGAAACCUCUCAGCACACAUGGGUAUGGAUGAAUAAAUGCAUCUGGUCACUGAUA